UGUCACAUUUUCGGAUUGCACCGGGUCCAGAACCCUCUCCAUCCAACUUGCUGCUCACAAAAAACUAUGGCUCUUGCUAACGCAUUCUACAACACCAUCGCAAAGCGCAACAGCGUCUUCGUCACUUCCAUUUUUGCUGGAGCCUUCGCGUUCAAUGUAGGCUUUGACGUCGCUGUGACCAGUUUCUGGGAUCGUUGGAACCAGGGGAAACAAUGGAAGGACAUUCGUUCGAAAUAUGUCCAGGAGGGAUCAGACUCGUAGUUUCUUCCCAGUUGGUCAGCGACCGACUUGCAUAAUGAUUAUUAGAUUUCUUCCCGGAAUUGUCUCGCGGUCGUCGGUGUGUGCAAGAACAUGGAGAACUAUAUUAUCGUGAAACUUUGGUGUUGAUGCGCGUAUCUUCCAUUUCGCUAGCGACUUGAAUGAAUUACCGCUAUACGGACUCUAUAUAUCCACCGACAAUUCCGGCGAGCUGGCACCUGCCCAAACUUAUUGUGGU